AUGGGCGACUUCAACACAGAGGCAUUUACCUUAUUGGCAUUGUCCAUUGUCAUUAUUGGCCUCAGAACCACUGCGCGAUGGAUUAUGGUUGGACCUAAAAAUUUCCAAGCGGAUGAUUAUUUGAUGUUGGUUGCAUGCGUGGUCUAUGGACUUGAAACUGGCGCUGCUUACAUGGUCGGCGCAUGGUUCAUGGGUCUCGCAAACAAUGCAAUGACAGAUGAACAACGUGUGAAUCUUUCUCCCGACUCGGAAGAAUAUCGUCUUCGUGUGGGUGGCUCCAAGGUUCAAGUGGCUGGUUGGUCACUGUACACUCUUUUAUUAUGGCUUCUCAAAACGUGCAUGGCCUUUUUCUAUUCUCGAUUAACCGCAGGGCUGAUUAAUAUGCGAGCUCGAAUCCAUAUCGCCUUCGGAUUUAUCGCUGCAACUUAUAUCGCCACAAUUUGCUCCAUUCUUUUCGGUUGCCAUCCAAUGCAUAAAAAUUGGCAAAUCAACCCUGACCCUGGAAAUUACUGCCAGCCUGCAGUAUCAAAAAUCGACAUCUACGUGACUGUUGUCUUGAAUGUCAUAACCGACAUCUAUCUCAUUAGUAUUCCAGCGCCGAUGCUAUUCAAAGCGCGUUUAAAGUGGCGCGAGAAACUCGAGCUUGUCAUCCUUUUCAGCGGUGGUCUAUUUGUCAUGAUGGCCGGUAUACUGCGAUGUGUUCUGAUAUUGACGGCUGGCGCAAAUGGCGCUCAACAGGCUGGCAGCUGGGCGUGUCGUGAAACCUUCGUCGCGGUGGUCAUUGGCAACGUCCCGAUGAUCUACCCGAUGUUCCGGCGCGUUGCUCGACGCGCUGGAUUAUACAUUACCUCGAGGAGUGGAUCGGAGAGCUAUCCCGCCUACCCACUAUCAGAUGAGAAUACUGAUGGUGGAUACGGGAGACGCAGACGCAAAUUCCACCAUCCCUUGAGUCUGCCUGAGACCCAUUGGAUCAAUACGGUUAGUGAUGAACAGAUGAUUUUGCCGACUUCACGACAGGCACCUCCUACUUGUACUGCUGGGGAAAGAGAUUGGGAUGCCAACAGUCAGGGUAGUCAGGGUAUAAAGGUUGUUCAUGAAACGAUUGUUCAUAGUGCUGAAAAAACACCUCGGCGAUAA